GUAAUGAAUGAAAGGAAAGCGCCAAUUUGACGUCGAUUGGUGUCUUCGUUUGUUGUGGGAGAUGACAGUUUGUUAAUUGGCUAAAAUACACUAUGAUAUUAUGGAUGACAGUGGAACUAAUCUUCACAAAAAACAGGGUACCAGGGUCUUCAAGAAAAGCAGCCCAAAUGGAAAAAUCACAACAUACUUGUGCAAAAGGGAUUUCAUCGACAGUCUAGCAGAUGUAGAUCCGAUUGAGGGCGUCGUAUUGGUUGACCCAGAGUAUGUCAAGGGACGGAAGGUGUUCACUCACGUUUUAUCAGCAUUUCGUUAUGGACGUGAAGAUUUGGAUGUACUUGGGUUGACAUUUCGCAAGGAUCUCUAUCUAGCCUCAGCUCAAGUUUACCCUCCAGUUUAUGCAUCCGAAUCCGAUAACUGUGGAAGGGUUCUAUUAAAUCCGGCAAGUACAGCUGUUUGUGGAAAUUCUAAGCCUCCUGGUCCAGAAGUUUCUGAAGGGACAGAUGAUAGUUUACAUUCUGGUACUCUUCCACUGACAAGAUUACAAGAACGUCUGAUUAAAAAGUUAGGAAGUAAUGCCUUUCCAUUUUACUUCAAGCUUCCUGCAGACGCACCUGCUUCAGUUACACUUCAGCCAGGUCCAAAUGAGAACGGCAAACCAUGUGGUGUAGACUAUGAACUAAGAACUUAUGUGGCUGAGACAUCGGAUGAUAAAUUACAAAAACGUAAUGCUGUUCGACUUGCUAUUCGUAAACUGACUUAUGCACCAGAAGAACCAGCCCCACAACCAUCUGCAGUUGUCCUUAAAGAAUUCAUUAUGAGUCCAGGUACACUUCGUUUGGAGGUCUCUCUAAAUAAAGAAAAAUAUUAUCAUGGGGAAUCAAUAGAUAUCAAUGUUUUGGUAGACAAUAAUUCAAAUAAGACAGUGAAAAAGAUCAAAUUGUCAGUUCGUCAGUAUACUCAAUUAUGCUUACACAAUAACAAUCGUUAUAACUGUGUUGUGGAUGAAUUAGAAACUGACAUUUUUAAUAUUAUUUUGGUUGAUAGUGAGUCAUUUCCUAUUUUACCAAGUCAAACGGGUUGGUGUAAAGUAUAUAAACUACGUCCAUUACUUGCCAAUAACAGACAUAAACGUGGUCUAGCAUUAGAUGGUAAAUUAAAACAUGAAGAUACUAAUCUGGCUUCAUCCACAAUUAUAUGCAAUCCGAACCAUAAAGAAAAUCUUGGCAUGACUGUUCAGUAUCGUGUAAAAGUUCGAUUAGUAUUGGGAUUCGUGUCAAGUGAUGUCAGCGUGGAACUUCCAUUCACACUAACUCAUCCAAAACCUGAUUCAGAUGUCAAUGGUACUUCAUCAAAACUAGUUAUUGAUGAUGAUAAUGAUAUUCUUCAUCCUUUGUUAUCUGGAUCUGAUGAUAGACUAAAACAUAAUCAGCAUAUCUUGCAACAAUCCCAGUUUUAUUCAAACGAACAAAGUUCAUCUGAUCGUAAUGUAAAUAUUACAGAUGAUUUAAUUAAAUUGGAUGAUGGAAUAAAUGACAAUAAAGCAUAUUUAGUCAGUAGUGUUGGUGGCGGUGUUGAUGACGACGAUGAUUUGAUUUUUGAAGAUUUCGCUCGUCUACGUUUAAAAUCAUAUGAAUCUGAUAAACGUAUGGAUAUAGCAGAUUCAUCUACGGCUGAUCCAACAGUGGCAACAAAUGUCAAUACAUUUAACGCUGUCAUUUCUCCAUCAUCAACAUCAUAACAGUAAUUUUUAAAAAAAAUGUAUAUUUCCUUAUUUUCUACUAACAUUCUUUCUUGAAUAGUUACACGAUUUUUUCUUUUGCUUUCAUUAUAAUAUAUAACUAUAAUGAUUAUUUGUAUUUUUGUGGGUACUACUAACAAUACUACUGAAUACUACUGAUAUUCAGUGCUUUUAACUAAUGCUUUUGUUUAUUUCAAAAGAAAUUUUAAUUCAAUAAUUUCAGUUUAUUAAAGUAAAUCUUUUCUUAAUUAUUGUUCAGGCUGAUUGAUUAUGAUUUUUAGAUCAGCUUGAAUUUGAAACUGGAAAAAUAAACAGAUUAUUUUGACUGUUCAAUAUUUCUCUUCUUGUCACUCUCUCUCUCUCCAUGCUCAUUUGGUUUCUCUUCGUUUUAUAUGUGUCUUUCAUCAGAAUAGUUUGAUCAAUUUGUUUCUUUAUAGAAGUUGUAUUAAUGUUAUAUAUUCAAAGUAUUCAUUUUCAAUGUAUUCAACUUUAUUUCUUAUUCUUUCAUAAGUAUAAAUUAUUUCGUAACAAUUAUCUAUUAAUUUUCUUUUCUUUUGUUGUUGCAAAUCUCACAAAUUAAAUGAAAACUAAUGAAGAGUAAAUGAAUGAAGAAAUCUCUUUAUGGGAUUUGUCAAUAUCAUUAUUAUCAUUAUUUAAGUUUUAAUGAUUUAUUUUGAAAGAAUAAAAGUCUUGUAUAUUUGUAACUUUUAAUCGAGUUUUACAUCAAAAUAAUAAUGGACUUGAUGAUAGAAGUAUAAUAAGUUGUAAGUGUUCGAUUAAUAAUGAUCAUCUAUUAAGAAAAGUAUAUCAGUAUAUUUGUUUCAGUGUUUAUUUGGGUAUUAUACAUAUAUAUAUAUAUCUUUGGUUUUAGUUUUACUUAACUGAAAUUAGACUCAUCUCAUGAAGAUUUGUUGUAUUCGAACACAAUGAUGAUUAUACUACUGAUAUUAUUUCUUAUUUCAAAUGAUCCCUCAAUCUAUUUUUUAUAAUUAAGAAAUGAAUUAUUGUUUAACUAAUGUAUCUUUAAUGUUUCUAUCGUGUAAAUAAGUGAGAAUUCUACAUUAAUACAUCAUCAAGUGUUCGUCUUAACUUCUAUUUGUCGUUGUUUUAUUCGUCACCGUAACUGUUUGUUUGUAGUUAUUUGUUAUUGACACAUCACCAUUAUCAUAAGUGUUGUUGUGAUUGUCUUCAGUUUCUUUACACACACAUACAUACCUAUUCUUUGCUGAUUGUCAUACCCUGUGGCUAUUAUUUUCGUUUCUCAUUUACAUAUCCUUCUUUCUUUAUGUUGUUUCAUAGCUGUUUUUAUUCAUUAUUAUGACUAUUAAGUUUAAAAUUUAUCAGUCGAAAAACCUUUGCAAAGAACAAACCGAAUAAAGAAAGAAAUAAAUGAAGUGAAAUUAAGCGAAUCUAUUAAAAAUAUAAUGAAGUUUUCUUUAAUUUGUAUAGUAAAAAUAUAUCUUUAUAUUCUUUAUUUCAUUACUUGUGUUGUCAUCAAAAAUAAAAACAAAGUGUACAGUCGAAUUAAACGUAGAAAAUAUAUAAGCACAUUGACAUUUUAUGUAGUCUAUGACUGAUGUGAAAUUUAAGCUGUUCCAGAGACUUUGAGAUAUACCGUACAACAGAAUAUUUCAGACUGAAGUAAUUCAUUUCUUUAUUUAUUAAUGAAGUUUUAAAACAGUCGAUUGUACCCUGAAACACUAGUUACAAAGUAAUACAUUACUGUAUAUUACAGUGGCUCGACUAUGUUUUAUGGUUUUUUAAAACUUGAAGGUUUCAAAUUGCAAUGAAUGUCUUAGAAUCCUACAAAAAAUGAUGGCUGGCAUUGCAGUCCAGAAGGUUCAUUUUAUAUUAUACAGAACUAGUCACCAGGAUAUCCUUACAUCUCAUUGCUGAUAUCCAUUCAUGGACGCAUAUAGUUUAACUUUCACAUUGUUGAUGUACCUUCUUAUAUUUACAUACAAAUUGUGUUCACUAAUUAAGACUAAAUUUUAUUGAGAUUGUCUUGUAGUUAACGAUCAAUAAUUUGGUUUGAUAGGAGUGCAUAUCAGUAAUUUAUGCACUGCAAAGCCGUUAGCAAACAAUCUUUUCUAAACUGAACUCUGGUCAAAAGAGAUAUGUGAGAACCAUUUUUCCAUGGCUUCAACGCUUGGUUUUUAUAAAUGGUAAUCUGAUUUCAUCACACUCAUCUAAUGUUUUUAAUCUUAUUAAUUUUAAUUGUUCGUUAUAAUCACCAUGUUGCUGAUUUAUUCUUCAUUUUUCUCAUACUCGUCAAGUGGACAAUUAUUUUUCGCAUAGUUAAUUCUUUAUUAUUCUUUCUUCAACGCACGAUUAUAAAGCCACUUUCUUCGAUACAUAAUAUGAUAUAAUCGUCGUCUUAAUUUUCAGUCGACUAUUUUAUGUAUAAAUUAAUCCCAAAUAUGAUGGUACAGCUUGAGUGAAUGAUAUCGGAAAGAAAAUUUUAUUUGCUGAACUAUAUCAACAAGUCUUGAAUCAUAUCAUAGUUUACUUUCAUUAUUGUCACUUUAUUAAGUUUAUAAGUUUACCAUACUCGUAUCUAUUUAGAUUUUAGCUUUACACGU